AUGGCCUCAUCGUCUUUUGUAGGGCUGAAAGACAUGAAGAACCGCCUGCGCCAGAACUUUCGGGGGGGGGGGCAGGGGUGCCGUCCUUCCCUGCUCCUCUUUGGCUCCUUAACACGCGCGCACAUCCCACUCUCUGGCCGGAACCCUCAGCUGCAGGAAGCCCUAGGUGUUCGUCCGCACUUGCUAGUGCUGAACAAGAUGGACCUCGCAGACCUAACUCACAAGUCGCGGAUUCUGGAAUGUUUGGAGCAGCAAGGUCUCAGACACGUCCUUUUCACAGAUUGCCUCAAAGAUGAAAAUAUUAAGAAGAUUGUGCCCCUUGUCACAGAGUUGGUCAGCAACAGCCAGCGCUAUCAGAGGGCUGAGAAUAUCGAAACUUGCAUGAUGGUCAUUGGUGUGCCAAAUGUGGGGAAAUCCUCGGUCAUCAAUUCAUUGAGAAGGCUGCACCUCAGAAAAGGGAAAGCCUCGAGUGUUGGUGCGGAACCAGGUAUUACCAGAGCCGUCCUUACCCAAAUCCAGGUGUGUGACCGUCCCAUCAUGUUCCUCCUGGAUACCCCCGGGGUGUUGUCUCCCCGAAUUGAGUCUGUGGAGAUUGGCUUGAAGCUCGCUCUGUGUGGGGCGAUCCGGGAUCACCUGGUAGGCGAGGAGGUCAUUGCCGAUUACCUGCUUUACAUGCUGAACCGUCAGCAGCAGUUCAGCUAUGUGGAACGCUACAAGCUGGCUGGUCCUUGUGAUGAUGUAGAGACCGUACUCAAGGGCAUUGCACUGCACCUGGGCAAGACCCGUCGAAUCAAAGUGUUAACGGGCACAGGAGACGUGACCGUGACGGCCCCCAACUACAACGCAGCGACAGUCGACUUCAUCCAAGCUUUCCGCAAGGGGCUUCUGGGGAAGGUGAUGCUCGACUGAGCGCACUCUUGG